AUGGAGGGUGACCCAACUCGGAUAAUGCUGGCAGUGAACGAGUCGACGAUCAAGGGGUACCCGCACGCCUCCAUAAGCAGCAGAAAGGCCUUCGAGUGGACUCUGCAGAAGAUCGUCCGCUCCAACACCUCUGGCUUCAAGCUCCUCUUCCUUCAUGCCCAAGUCCCUGACGAAGACGGUUUUGAUGACAUGGAUAGUGUCUAUGCAUCACCUGAGGAUUUCAAAAAUCUGAGGAAUAGAGACCGCGCCAGAGGGCUUCAUCUGCUGGAGUUCUUUGUUGAAAGAUGUCAUGCAAUUGGGGUUGGUUGUGAAGCAUGGAUCAAAAAAGGGGAUCCCAAGGAAGUAAUCUGUCAUGAGGUGAAGCGUGUGCAUCCAGACUUUCUGGUUGUGGGCUGCCGGGGUCUUGGUCCUUUCCAGAGGGUUUUUGUUGGGACAGUGAGUGAAUUUUGCGUGAAGCAUGCUGAGUGCCCUGUGAUCACAAUCAAGCGCAGCGCAGAGGAAUCACCUCAGGAUCCUGUUGAUGACUGA